UCGACUCUCGUCGACGGCCGUCGGAUCGCGCUGCACCGCGUCGUGUCGUGCCGUUUCGUGUCCGAGCCAGAACUCGCCGCCCGCCAGAGCCGCGCCUCCUGGAGCUCGCGGGCCGCGAAAAACGGCCACCGCCGGUGACAGUGACAUGUGCGUUGCUCCAGUGCUGUGCCCCGCUGUCGUCACCGUGGCUACACGCCGGAGCAGCCUGCUGCUGUGCGCCCGCUGUGCUCCCUGUGCUCCCUGUGAUCGUCUCUGCUACCGUGCUCGUGCACUCGUCGCCCGCGCCGUUACUCGCCGGAGUCGCCGUUGCACGUCGCCGUUGCGAUGCGCCUCGUCUACGAUGCCACCGCCCGCAAGAUGCUAACUAAAUGAUGAUGCUAAGGCGUUCAACAGGCAAGCAUGAGGGAAAGAACACCCUCUGCCGACGACACCCCAAAAAGGGCCCCACCGGCUCCCAGCAGAGAGGCGGCUUCGGCGGACGUAGCUGGUAGCGAGACACCGAACGACGAUACGAUUGAGGGUUAUCACACGGCGAAGUUGUCCGGCAUCCCUUCGGCAUCCGGUUUGACUACGUCGUCCGAUAGAAUGGUAGCGUCGACGCAGAGCCUGGAGGAUCUGGGCGUCAACCACCCCGUCAACGCGGCAGGGAGCAACGCCGAUCGUCAGCAGCAUCAGCAACAACAACAGCAUCUACAGGAACGUUACGGUCAUGCCUACAGAUCAUCGGCGCAGACUGCCCAGGACAAGCGAUCGCGGCUGAGCAACGUAAUCAACAACCUACGCAAAAAGGUGCCAGAUGGAGCAGUCAGCGGAAACUCGGAUUCGCCGAGGAAGGAAGAGGACGAUCGGAAUAGCGUCGAGAGAAACCUGGAAACUCUGGAGAAAUACGUGAUGACGGUACUGAAUGGCGUGAUCAAGGACAACGAGGAGGAAGACAAGAACGUAGAGAAGAUGAAAGAGCUGAAAAGGCAGAGGAAAAAUACUGAUGAAGAGGAAGAAGAAGAAGAAGAAGAAGAAGAGGAGGAGGAGGAAGAGGAAGAAGAUCCGACAGAUAUGGCAGUCAAGUCUGAGCCUUCAAGCGAGGGUGAUAUCGAAGCAGCUGUUGUGCCGCAGUUAGAGGACUCCUCGACGGUCAAAAAUACCGAAGACGCUGAAUUCUCGGAGACUAUAGACUGCUCGAAUACAAAAGAAACGACAGAAGAGAGUUUACAAGAUUCGGAGGAGAGAAUUAGUCAAGAUUCAAAGGAAUCACCUUCGAGGAUAGAGGAAGAAGGUCUAGACGUUGAGGAGAAAGAAUCAUCCGAAGAUAAUCGAAGCAUUUCGAGGGAGAAGGAGAGUCGAACACUAAGUACGAUUAUAAUGGAUAGAUUGAGUGAGCACCAGGUCGAGGAAAGAGCGAAUGUUGACGACGGCAGAGGAAAUGGAAUGCGUGAUGAACAUGCGGUCUUAGAAGAUACCACAAUGCGAGCGAUUUGCGGUGAAUUGCUGGACGAUCUGUUGAGCGAUGUCUACUGUAUUGUCGACGAUCGCGAGAACCAGCAAAAGACCGAAGAAUGCACGAAGUCGAAGAAGACUGACGCGACCGAAUCGAAGAUGGAGGAGACCAAAGAUUCAAGCAUCAGCGUUCAGGAGUUGUCCGUGACGGGCCUGCAUUGCAGUCUACCCUUGGACAAAGUCGCGUCUGUGCUUCAAAACUGUCAGACGAGCGAAUCGGUAACCUCACGACUCUCUUCAGGAUCGUCCUCGAGUCCUCCAUCGGCCCAAAAGUCGAAACCGUCGUCCAGUACUCCGCCGGUCAGAGUCCUCUGUCUUUACUGCGACAGGAAGUUCCUAUCCAUGUCCCGGCGACAGCGACAUAUGGAGAAAGCACAUCAGCUUAGUGGUGGCAGGAGAUCGGAGAGGAAUCUCCGAAAAUCCUCCCAAAACUGCCAGUACUGUUCCGAGAAAUCUGCCGAUACCCUGGAGGCGUUGUUCCAACACAUGGUCGCUAGUCACGGAGAUAAAUACCACGCGUGCGUCCAGUGUUUGACGAGGUAUCUCACCCGGGAAGCUUUGAUGGGACACAUAAGCGAGACGCACGGGGGAAAUGCCGAGAGGAUCGGUCAGGUUCAGCCGGAGAAAAUCAAAGAAGGGUCGCCCCCUUGCAGAGACUUUUGUAGUCAAAAUCUACGUGAGAAAGUGAACAUGUCGUCAAUUAGAGAGAGAAAAUCCGAAGAAUCGGAGGAUCAAGAUGACAAUCGACGGUUGGACAGUAGCCGAACGAAACUCAUUGCGACGCGAGAACUCAUCGAUAAUCCGGCCAGUCCUGAGUUUGACAGUUCAUUCUACAGCAAUGUGAGUUGCAACAUUCGUGAGAACCUACUACACCACUUGGACGGCAAGCUGCAAACGAUAAGCGGCGCAUCAUCCUCGACAUGCACACCACCGAUUGCUACCUCAAACUCGACGGCGGCGGCGACGGAAUCAAAAUCGCCGCAACAACAAUCGCAACAGUCAUACUACGAGCACAACGUCAAUCAGAUCCAAUUUCCCAUCGAUAUCUCACUGACCGCGGCGACUCCGGUUUACAGCAAAGACUAUUCGGCCAGCGAGGAGUACGAAAACUCGAGUGAAUAUGCCCGGAAAGCCGGCAAAAUGAGCAGCGGCUCACGACCGCGCCGAGUCUCUUUCGAAAAGUAUAAUUUCCCGCGAAAGUACGAUGGCAGGGAACAGUGGACGUGCUUGAUCAAGGACCUCAGCAAGUUCGACAUCUCCACGCAGCUGACACUCCGAAAGAAGCAGCAGCUUAUUAAGGAGCGUCUCGCUGGCAACAAACUACAUCAGACUCAGUUGCUAUCCUGCGAGGUCACAGAAGUAUCUCGUCGCGAUCAGAAUCAGACCGAGCCUAACAUCGAAAUGGCAAUGAGAGAUCAGGAUAACGCUGAUGAUAUCGGUUACGUGAUCGAUACAGGUGCCGCGACUUUCGAUGUCCAUUGCGAUAUUGGCGAACCGCUUCCAAGCGAGACUAAGAAAGAAUCGAUAACCGAGUCGUCCGCGACUUCGACGUCGACAAUUAUUACGGAAUUCAGUGUUGAAUUCGCAGAUUUUAUGAGACUGAGAAGGCGCGAGGAAAGCGAUAAUGAGGUCAUCAAUGCUCAGGAGAUCAUUUAUGCUGAACUGAGCGGCGAAUGGUCACGAAUGCGGAUCUACAUCUGUGGCGCUUGCGGUUCCAGACAUGUAACACUUAAGGAGAUGGAGGAUCACAAAGCUUCCACGCAUCCACGUGUUCUGUGCUCGCACUUCGACUUGGCCGGCGAUCAACGCGAGCACUACAAGCACCUGUAUCUACCGGGACGAGAUACGCCUCCCGAUGCUGCACGUAACACCUCUCUCGAAGAGAUGGUAUGCACCAAAUGUGCUAAGAAUUGCCCGAACGUGGGUGAGUUGCAUCGCCACAUGUUGGAGUGUGGAGGCGAUCAGGCCUGGUUGCUCGGCCUCACCGGUAGUGGCAAGAAAAAGUGCAAGUGGCGGCCGUUCGGUAUGAAGAGAAACAUACAGAACUCACAGACGCAGCCGCAACCGCGGGUUGUCAACGCGGAGCGACCCAAAGAGAAACAACCACCGACCGGUCCUAGAGUUCGCCCGAGUGACCGCGAAAGUAUUCAGAAAAUGCUAGCCAAUCUGCCGGCUAAAAGAGCCACGAGGAAGGUUCUGCAGGACAGCAUGAUGCGAUCGCAGGGCCGACUUCGUAACGUGCAGACCAGAACAAGGCCUUGCAUAAUCGGCGACAACUCGUCCCGAAUUUCACGUAACAAAGCCGCUCUGCGGAAUAAAUUGCUGAAGAACGCCAAGUCGAUUCAACGGAAUCGCUGUCGAAGUGACAACAUCGCCGCGGUAAUCGAGAGUGUCGUGAGGAAGUGUCAUGAGACUGAGAAGAAAUCGGAUAGCGAUGUCGACAAAACUGCCGAAACUGAGAACGAGGAUAAGAAAGAUGCCAAAGAGAUGAACGAAGGUUCGUCGAAGGCAACCAGCAAGGCUUUGGAUCAGAAUGAUAGAACUGUUCGACCGAGAGUCGUUGGACGACCGAAGAUUCUCGGCAAGAAGAGGAAUGUGAAAAACCCACAACUUCAAAGCAAAAGUAGCAACAAGCUAGUGAAAGCAAUGGGUAGGUUUGCGAAGUUUAAGAAUGAUACUACAUCCGAGACGAAGGACGAAGGCGAGGAGACAUCCUCCCCAAAGAGUAUACCAAAGAACGCAAAGACGACGCUGAAAGCGAUUGACAAAGAUGACGUCAAUGCCGAUAGCAAAAAGAUAUCAACGAUUUCUGGAGUAAAAAAUAAAAACAAAUUGACGCAAAACAUACUGAAGAGAAAGCGUCCUGUGGAUCCAGUGGCAUCCUUGAAUGCUUCCAUCAAGGCAAAAUCACAGUUACGAACGCAAGAUGGUAAGUUCGCUCGCAAUCCAAACAAGAAUUUGCCAGCGAAAUCGUCUGAAGAGAAAAUAGACAAUGGAAAAUACAAGACUAACUGGAUCGAAAUUAAGCCCAAGUUGAAAGCGGCGCAGAAGUUGAAAAAGAUUGGGGUCCAGUUGCCACGAAGAAUUACUCGGCUAUCGUCAGAUAGCGACAAGAUGCCGACUUUGGAACCAGUCGUACAGAUCGUUUCCUCCAACGAGGAAUAUGCCGAUAAGUCGGCGAACGAUUUACCUAUCUUGUCGCCAGUAACGUCGUCGGGUUCUCUUCAGGAUCAAAAGGCAUCUCGAAUUUCCAUAAAGUGCAUUUUAAAGGAAAAAGAGGAAAAUGUUGAGGCUAAUGCCGAUCUCGAGACUAUCCCUGAAAAAAGAAAAAGGGGGCAGAAAUCAACGAGAGGAAGAAAGCCAAAGGAAGAAAUGAAAGACAUGACGAAGCGGAAGAAGACUAAUACAGUUGAAGAAAACAAUACUUCCAAAAAUAACGUAGUAGUGUUAAAAGAUGAUAGAACGAAAGGCAGGAAGAGUUUACCGGUUUUAAAUGCUAAUAACGGUGAAAAUAGCAAGGAAGAAACAUCGAAGAAAGAGGCAAUUGCCAAAAAAGAUUCUAAACCUAAAAAGGAAGAAGCGAUGAAGGAAACUCGAAGCAACUCGAAAACCAGAGUAAAUAAGGAUUUCGUGAAACUGACAGACAUCCCAUUCGAGGUGAAGAAACUAUUGUAUUCGGCUCAAUGUAUCCUCGACAAGGAUGAUCUCUUGAGCACAUUAGAGCUCGCAUCUAACGACUCGAAACGCAACCUGAGGCAAUUGGCACCAAGAUCGAAAGUGCUUCAAGUGAGUGAUAAGAAACCGCGAGAACUCGAUGACGAAUCAGACGGCUCGAAAGAUACGAGUAAGAAAGAGAAAAUUGAAGUGAUUAAAAAAUCAUCCAGAAAAAACAUUGAGAAGAAGGGUGACGAUAAGAUAGCAAAAAUGAGUCUAGAGAAGGAUUCGACUAGCAACGCGAUUGCCAAUGUAGCGCAAAAUGAAAGAAAUCAACAAGGUAAAAGAGACAGAGCAGUGAAAACAAAGGAAAUUAAUAUUGAUAAUCCCGAUAUGAAAAGUAAAAUUGACGGCAGACAAACGAGAGGAUCAGUGAGCGACGUCAAGAGCGAGCCUUUCUUAGAAAUUGCAAAUGAUAGCCUUCGAAAAGGCAGAUCUUUGCUGGGGAAACGUCGUAGUCGUAACAGAUCGCUCGACAAAGAUGAAGAAACUAACUUGCGUACAUCCAAAGCACAGAGUAGCAGUGAAAAUGCCUCGUCGAGCGGAAAGGAAACUGAGAAAGAGCUUGGGGAAGUUAUCGAUAAAAUUUCUAAGAAGGAAAUUGAAGGUGAGAGUGAUAAAAACUCCGAUGAUCGCUUAGAUUCGACAGUAGUGAAUAUCAAUUUAAGUCACUUACAAUCGGAGACGAGUAACUUGUCCAUUGACAGUGGUAAGGAAAACUCUUUGGAAACAUCUGUGAACGUUCACAGUAAAUUAAAGGUAGGGAGACCCAAGAAGUCGUGGGGCGCGCGUCGCGAGAAAUCGUUGAGAAAGAGAUCCUUAAACAAUGUCAUUGGUAUUCUGACGGAGGGCAUGAAUAUCCCUAUGGAGGCGCAGCAGAACGUGCAAGUGCUCACGGUUCAGACUAGCUUGGACAAUCCGGAUAGGCUGGCGCGAAACGGAAGCGCCCAACAACCAAGCGGUGGCGAGGGCAACGUGAAAUCCGCGGAGAACGAAGCUGUUACGGCGACGAGUACGACCGAUAACUCUCAUGUAGACGAUGAGAAGAAUGCUUGUUCUGAUGAAGCGCAACUUGAGAACGUCUUCGCCGAUGGAAAAGUCGACGUAUCGGUGAAAGUUACAACUGUUAAGGCGUGUUCGCCAGCCAACGACAUUAUCCUCGAUCUAUCUAGAAGAAAACCCAAGGGUAAAGGCUCUUUCUUAGAGAAAAUUGUGUCGAAGAUAGCCAAGCAGAAAGACGCUUUGCUAGAAGGUGAGGUAGGUUCUUUGCUUGACACUGCGGCCGAUGAGUUGACUAGCAUUCUCGAUGAGGUCGGACCCACCUUGAUUGAUAACACGGAGAAUACAAAUUCCGACGAGGCAAACCAUGCCUCAAAGAACGAUAAAAGUAUGACAGUUACAUCCACUGAUAAAGAAUUGCCGGUAAUUGUCGAACCUGAAAUACAAGCAUUGGAAAACGAGAAAACCAAUGUUGAGAGCGCGAUUUCCAAAUGUUCAACGGAUUCUUUGGAGAUGUCAGACGAUCUCGAAGAAAACUUGGCAACAAAAACUGAAAUUCAAAGUGAGAAUCAAAUUAAAGCGGAUAAUGUUUCAGACGUUGAGAUGAAGAAUGACGAUGACUUGCACAGAAAAGUGAGUUCUGUUGAAGAAAAUGUUGAAUCUUGCGAAAAUAAAUCGAUGAUAAAUAAAGAACCAGUUAUUCCGAUAAAAAUUUCAAAUGAUCCUGUAUCAUUAACCGAUAUUUCAAUUUCUGGUUCGUUAAUUAUGACACAAAAAGAAAAUUUAGAAAAACCUGAAAGAAAGAAAGGCGUUACGAAAUCCAGGAGAAAAUCCAAUAAAAGAUCACUGGACGCAAGAUCUAAGAAAAAUAAGAAAAGAUCACUAGAAAUCGUUGAAGAUCGCACAGAAGAAAAUGCACAGAAGAAACUUGGAAUGAAUGACACGUUUAAGGCCGAUAUUGGAAAUGAGUUUUCAAAGAAAGACGAUAGUGUGGAGACUUCAAACGGAGAUAUCGAAGUCAGAAAGUCGGAGCUGCUUCAACACAAUGAAAGCGAAAUUAUCAAGGACGAUUUAAAGCCAACAAAUUUAGAAAAGAAUCUAACGAAAGCUGAUAAUGAAUUAAAUCUAGAAAAAUUCACCGAUUUUUCAGAAAUCACUUGUGAAAAUGCGAAAUUAAUAGCGAGCCUUGAAAAAUCCCUUGACAAAAUAACUUCCGACGAAGAUACUGUUACCAAUGACCGGUCGAUAGAAUCAAUCGAGAAAAGCACUGAUUUUUCGAUAUUAUCUUCAGAAAAAAGUGUUGAGUGUAAAAAAUCUGUAAGUAGAAAUAAAAAAAAGAAUCAAGUUAAUUCGAACGGAUCUUCAUCUAGGCGUAAAUCGAAGAGAAAAUCGAAAUCUGUCUUAUCAAUAACUCCUUCGAUGUACGCUACUAUAAACAUCCUCCAAACUUCUGUAGACUCUAUGGAUGAAACAGAGGAGAUACCAUCUUCGUCGUCCAUUGCGAGAGAAUCUUUAGAAUCAACUAAUAUACAAUCGAUAAAAAUUGGGACCACUAGCGAUUCAGACGUUCCUUUGGAAAAUUUCUUGCAUUCAGUAGAAAUAGUGCCUGAGAAACCUAAAGAGACACAAAAUACAGACUUAAAAAAUUCAAGUCUUGUUAAUUCGAUACCUUCAAAAACAACGGAGAAACAUGGUGCGAAAAAGAAGUCAUUGGCUGAGGAGCAUCUGAAACUACCGGAAGACAAGUCUGCUAAAGUUGUUUUGAAACUCACUGAUGAAUUCAGCAUCGCAGAUACUAACGAGCGAUUAUCUGUUAGUUUAGAGCAUUUCAAAAUACCGGAAGUGAAGGAUCUACCGCAGAGUGCGAAGAAACGAGGCCUGAAGAAGAAGUCGCAGCCCGAGGACGAUCGCUGGAACAGCGGAAGCGUUUCCGAAGCAUCUCGGACGAAUGAGAAACCCACAGAGAUCGACGAGAUAUCUAACUCGAUCGAAGAGAAAGUCGAGGAACAAAAAGAAAUAGAGAAACGUGUUACUGAAGAACAAUCGAGUACGAAGAAGCUCGGAAGAUCGAGUUCUUCAGGGUCAAUAGGUCUCGCUCCAUCUCUACCCAAGACAAGAUCUAUGUUCAAGAGAAAAACACAGCUGUCAAACGAAGACCUUGCUGAUUCCAGCAUUCGAAAUCAGAGUGCCGAAAGCAUGGACGACUUGUCCGAGAGCUCGUGCGUCAGCGAGUCCAGUUACUUUAGGAAGAAGCGAUUCGCGAAGAAAAAAAGGAAAGAGGAGACGGUAGUUGACAGCACCCGAACCGAUGCUUCUCUGACAGAUUCGAUAAUCCUGAAGAGUAGUAAGCAAAAUCUGAAAAGGAAAACGAGUAAGACCAAAUCAUUGCUCGAUGAGCACCUUGAUUUGUCUGACGUGGAUGACAUUGACAUUCCAAUGGACAUCCAAGCUUCAUUAGAAAAUAUAGAAGCCUUGGAAAAGAUUGAACGAGAAUUUGAAUUCACUGAAAAAUCUUUGGAUCCACAAAACGAAGACACAGACAAACCAACGGAUGAUACAGAGAACAAAGAUUCGCACGCCACUUUAGAACGACCAGCAUCUAAUAAUCAUGAUUCUUCGGAUAAUCCGGUUACCCCGAAGAAACGCGCGGCUGGCAACUUUGUGGUAGUGCACACAAAAACCGGUGAGAUCUUGAUCGUGGAGAAGAGGAAGAAGCUAACGAAGGAGGCGGCGAGGUUUUUCUGCGACGUAUGCGCUACAAGCUUCACUCGCAAGAGCUCUCUAAAGAAACAUACGUUGUCACAGUCGCAUUUAUCACAGUUGACAAAAUCCACCAAAGACAAAAUCGAGUCUGUUAACAGCAACACGUUCGAGAAUAUUGAAGAAGAUGACAACGAAUGGAAGAAUAAUCAAGAGAAUGAUCAACAGACGAAGAAUAUUCCAGAAGACGCUCGAUCUCAUGAAACCGAUCGGAAGUCUUUGGAGCUAGACGAGAGCUUCGUUCCUUACGCAAAUAGCACAGAAUUAACGAAAUCUCUUGUGGAUCUCGGAACAAGGCAGAUGUUGGAAGAUAAACUGCUGGACGAAGAGAUUUGCAAGAUUACCGAGAACAUGAGCCAUGACGAAUACGUUUUAACUGAUCAAGUGACACCGGAAGAUCCGAUGUUAUCAUCAAUGCCGAUCAAAGCCAUCCAAAAAAAACAGGAAGAUUCAAGACAAGGCAAGAACAGUGACAAGAAGCGGAACAAGUCGAAGAAAAGGAAUCUGGCGGAAGAACAUUUACUCUUGGAUUCUCCUAAAUUAGAAAAUUCUAAAAUUGACUCGGACGAGCUUCCGAAACCAACCAACGAUGUCAUGCGAGUUUCCUCGCCAUCUUGUGACCAUUCUUCGACGGAGCAAAUAAUGGAAACGAUAGAAAAGAUCGGAGAUAUUUCUAAAGAAUGUGUAGAUAACGUUAAAACGAAGAAUCGAUCAGAAUUAACUGUUAAAUCUUUGAAUGAAGAAACAACUUUGAGAUCAAUAUGUGAUAUUGAUGGGAAAACUGACCAGCAAACAGAAUCCACAAGGACUACGAAGAAAACGCUAAGAAAAGUCUCUAAAGUUUAUAACGAGGAAAAAGAAGAGACCUCAGCUUUAACUGAGACAAAUCGUUUCAGUCUAAGACCCAGAAGAAGUAAAAACAUUCAGCAUUAUGAGGAGUCUGAUAUUGAAGCUGAUAUAUAUUUUAUGGAUACUUCCAUGGAGAUUAACAGUGAUGAGAUAGAAGAUAGCCGUGAUGCGCAAAAGAGACAGAACGAAGUAAAAGAAGGAACCAACAGGGAUGUCCUACAGGAAAAUGUAUAUGUUGCCACUGAUGAUAAGAGACCCCAGGAUGUAGAAGUCGCAAAAUCGAAGACAGACUCAACGAACAGAACUAAAAAAAAGAAACGUGGAAGACCGAGACUUAAAGACCGAAUUAUUUCGAAUUUCAAUAACACUUCAGCUCCCGCGAACCUCGAAGUUAACGGAAAUGAUUCUGUCGCUACGAGCAAUCUUAAUGAAUCAAAAAUCGAGGAUCAAAAAUUAAAUUUGCAUACCAAAGAGCGUCUUGACAAAACCGACAAGCCGCCACAUAUUGAUGCAAAUGCCCAACCUCCUAAACGAAGUCGGGGCAGGCCUAGAAAAAAUCCUGUAUCCAUUACAAAUAAUUCUUCAGUACAAGCAGAUAAUUCGAGUGCUUCCGAAUCAACGAAAUCAAAUUACGAUGAAGUGAAAGAAAAGGCAGACGUGAUUAAAUCAUGUUCCAAAAUGAUUAUCGAAGAAACCACAUCGAUCAGUUCUUUGAUACCAAAUGCGGAGUCUUCACCUGCCAUUCAAGAGCAUACUUUAGAAUCAAAUUUAUCUGAAACGAAGAAAGAUUUAUUAAAUACUGAAGAUGUUCAAAGCACCGAGCUAAACAUUUCCAAAGAUCGAUCGGCGCAGAGAAUAGAACCUACGAGUAUUGCAAUAGACGACACCGUAUUCGCAAGGAAUUGCGAGAAUAUGCUUACCUCUAACAUUCCAUCAGAAAAAGUCGAAAUAUUGAUGCCAUUAGAAACAAACACAUAUGUUGACGAUGCAAAAUGUGUGCUAGAAGACAAACAAAAUGAUACAAAUGUGAAUGUUGUAGCACAUCUAACGACCGAAUCAUCAGCCGAGCUUUCCUUACAAAUUACCGAACAGAUGUCGAUUGAUGAUUUGAAAUCAGCUGAAUCAAAAGCAAUCGAAUUCGACAACAAUGAAAGCUUCGAAAUUCCAAAAUCAACAGACAUUUUAGAAGAGAAACAAACAAAGUCAAGAGAGGAAGUUCCCAAUGCAAGAGUUUUAUCGUUAGAAGAUGAGGAUAAAGCGUCAGCCGAAGACAAUAAAUCUCUUCUCAUCACAAAUUUCCACGAAUCUCAAAAGGUAAUAAAUGAUUCAGGGAAUGAUAGCACUUGUGAUGAAAGGACGAUUCGACUGGAAUCCACUAAGAAAUUAUCCAGAAAGUCGACGAGUAAGGAACGAGAAACUGAUCGCAAAAGAUUGAAAACAUCCAAGGAUAAAAAGAAAAAAAUCAAAGUCGCCGAACUGUCGAGUGACAGCGACAACGAGGAUGACAGACUCGAAUCUGCUGCUUCGAGUAAGAGUAAAAUUGUAAAGAGUGUGUUCGGCCGAGUGUUUGGUGGUGAGAAAGCGGACAAGGUGAAGGAAGUAUUGAACGAUUGGGUAUCACGGUCAGAAGACGACUCGGAUAUAUCUAGAAGUGCUUUGGAUGCGAGAUCCUAUCUGCGUGGACUAACAAAGUUCUCCGAGAAUGGACACAAGAAAGAAAAGAAGUGCUACUUCGGUUCUGAAACAAAGAAGAAUACUGAGCGACUACCCAAAAAGAAAGGAAACGAAAAGUGCAGCAGUGAGGUUCACGGGAAAGCGAAGAAUCGAAAGAAGCGAGAGAAGGAUACCGAAUUGAUAUCUGAAGAUCGUAUGGGAUUACCUAUCAAUCCGGCCAAGCGAAGAUAUAGAGAGAGCAAGAUUAGAGCGGACGAAAAGAUUCUAAGAGCUUUUGAUGAUGAGUUACUGACGAUUUCGGACGAAGAGAACAAGAUUAAGGAAAUGAGCGAUCAGAUUAAUAAUGAAUUGAACAAUAAAGAUAAGGAAACAAGUAGACACCAUGAAAAAGACUCGAAUAAGGAGCGAACGAAGAAUAAGAAUUUGACUUCUGAGAAUUGGGAGAGUCUUCGAGUCGAACACGCUCAUGGAAAAUCGAAAAAUAGUUCCAAUCAUCGUAAGAAACAGGAUGCUAAGGAGCGUUCUUCAUCACCAUCGCAGUCCGAGUCCGAAUACAAAUGGAGGGAGAGCAAGACCAAAGCCGGCGAGAGGAUCUGGAGAGCCUUCGACAACGAGAUUUCAUCGUGCCUUUCCAACGAUCAGGAUCUUAACGAAUUUCAUGAAAUUUCUAAGGAGCAGCAGAUCGAGUUCUACGAACUUGAAGACCUGAAUCGUUCAGAUAAUUCGAAGAGUGUCAAACAAAAAGAUGACGAUGCUUGGAAAAACGUCAGUUCGAUAGAUCACGAACAGAGUGUAGUGCACAGUGGUUGCGGGAGGUCCAGAAAAAACUCGAACAGUCGCAAGAAACAAGAUUUCAGUCUGAUUAAAAUAAAUAAGACAAAAACGAACAAAAGGAUUUCGAAGGAUUACGAGUCAUCAAUUUCUUCGAGAGAUCGAGAAACGAAAAGCGAAAUGCAAAAUGUUCAAACGAUACUAUCGAAAAAUGAAUCAAGGAAUCGAUCGAAAACUUUGAUUAAAGAUAGCUCUUAUGAGUUCUUCUAUGGCGAUUCAGUUGUUUCGAAACAUAUGAAUAAAGACCAAGAUAAUUUGCUGACACAUUUGGAUCGGUCAACAAGUUCUAGGAAAAACAAAAAAAGGAUUGUUAAUGAAGAUUGGAAACAUUCAGCGAGAAACCUAAAAUUUGAUCUGGACGAUGAUCAGCCGACUGAGAAAGAAAUUGGACAAAAGGAAGAGGAAUCUACAAUAGCAUCGUGUAGUUGCAGCAGUUUAGCAGCCGAAGAACCAAUAAUGAAGAAUCAAUUGGUCGAUCUCGAUGGAAGUUCUCAAAUGAAUCGAAAGUCUGAUGACAAUGAUAACGACAACGAGGAGGAUGACGACAGCGAUUUCGAGCGACGAAGAAUGUCACCAUUCUACGCUCGCGAGACUCCUGAUAACUCCAUAGAAAGCAGCUCCGAGGAAGAGGAGGAGGAGGAAGAAGAUGACGAAGAAGAGGAAGAAGAAGAGGAACGCGUAACGUACGAGGAUAAUUCCAGAAAAACAAAUCCUAGCGAAUUUUCUGGAGAGAAGAUCAUAAUCAGGUCGCCGUCUUCGGGUCACAGAUCGGAUGUGGUAACGAUUGCACCCACAGAUGCGAUGGAGGACAAUGCUUUAGACGUACCGAGAGAGAUCGAGUCAACAACGGAACCGCGGCAAGGUAAAAUCCUUAAUUUCGAUGAGGAGCUCUUCGUAGAAUGUUGCUCGAGAUUGAAAGCUACGAGCGAGAACGAGUUGAGAGGUGCGAAGAAGAUUAAACUCGACCACACCGAAUCAUAUCAUAGACGAGAUGAUCAAUCGCAAGGAUUCAGAGUCAAUAGAGAUCGAUGGAGAGACGUGGAGAGUCAAAACAGUCUCGGUAGUCUUCUGGAGUCGGUGAAUCAAUUGCUCGGCGAAGAGAUGUACAACAGCCAUGACAAAAGUUAUCGAACGCGCGGUAGCGAACGAUCAAGUAGAUCGGCCAGUCCAGAUGCGUCGCGAAUCGACAAUCUUGGCUACGAGGAUAGUUUGGACGUAGCUUUUGAGCACAAUAACAAACUACGAGAUAAGAUCCAACAGCGCAUGAGAGAGAGCGAGAAUCUGAUAGCCAGCACGUUCGGCCUGAAGAUCAACGACAACGAUCAUCCCGAUGAUGACAAGCGAGACAGCGUUGGGAAUUCUUAUUCCUCGAGUAUUCACGAACACGAGCAACUACCUACGUCGGUCGCGUCGAAUAGAGAGCUGGAGUCCUCACCGGGUCACAAAAACAAGAUGAAUUCGACUCUAGGUGGUUUACACAAGGCACUAUCCAACUUGUUGCACAGCAACGGCAAGCAUGAUCAUAACGGUUCCGCUCCGAUGAAGCUGUUGGCGGAAUUGGCUUGCGCUCGAGCUCCAACCUCCACGUUGCCGGAGGAUACCAUGAACAGUAACAAGAAUCAUCAAUCGGUGAAAAUGGUCACGGCAGCGGUCGCUGCAGCAGCUGCAGCGGCGGCUGCGGUAGAAGACAAGGACACUCCGACUUUCCCUAAGAAACCAAUGAAGGACUCAACGAUAACGUUGAAGAAUUCGCCAACAAAGAAGACGAGGAACCCUAUCAAGGAGCUGUUUGAACGCAAGAAGGAGAUAAAUGAUAGAAAGCAACAGGAACGCUCGAAGGCUGCUUUCGUUGAAUUAAACAUGCAGAAGCAACGCAAGUCGAAGAAGAGCAAAAAGCAGCAGCAGCAGGGAUUCCCGCUGAUCCGUAGCAGCGACACUAAGAAGAAACGUCGCGAUUCUCUUGAUCGGAAAGGGGAAACGGAGAGAAUAAAGGAUGUGUACGAAUUUGAUGAGGAGGAGAGCCAAUUGGCGCCCACUCUGGGUAGCGUGAUGUCUUAUAGGAGCCAAAUCGACAAAAGUUACGACACUAAUUGGUCAAGAAUAAAGAAUACCGAUGAAAAUUUGGAUAUCGUCUUGCAAAACGGUAAGACGAAUUAUGUCGCGAAUACUAAAUUGGACGCUAUAAUCAACCGUAAAUUCCAAGAGUUGGAGAAGUUUGCGCCAAAGACAAAAGGCGCCCUGAAGUCGUUCCAAAGCGAGGAACAGCAACAGCAGCAGCAACAAAUUAUUGAAGCAGUUACCGGACCAAUGGACGAAUUUGUGGAAAGAAAACAACGCAUGAAACGGCCUAUAGAACAGGGCAUCAAGCAAUCCGGCAAGAUCAAGAAACGAGGUAAAAGCUCAAAGAAGCGAGUAAGAAACGCAUGGUAUGAGAACGACAGCUCAGACGAGUUCAGGACGGCUGCGAAAACGGAAGAUGUUGGCGUUGGUAUUUCAAAAAGUCAACGCUCGUGCUCGAAAGGCAAACAGAAUCUCUUUGCGGAGUUAUCGACGUCGUCCGAGAGCGAGUACGAACGUGACAACAUCGAUUAUAUGUUCGCGAGCGAGCAACGUUCGUCGAAAUUGAAGAAGAGUUCGAAGAAACCGCUUGACGUCGACAUCGACGAGAGGAAUGAUCAACGCAUAGUCAAUGAACCUGAAUUCGACAAUGAAGAUCAAGUAGCAAGCGAUUGGAAUCAAGCAAUGCAGGAAGAUGCUAUGAAGAACGAUCACGACAUCGCGAAAUCAGAAUCGGAAAUGUCAGAUCAUUCUUUGGUGAUAGAUGAAAGAAAGAUGAUCGAUGAGACGAGGAACAGCGAUGACGACGCGGAUAAUCAGUACGAGAGAACGUUUGAGUUGGAUGAUUUGUAUAGGGAAGAUAGCUCGGACGAAGAGACAGAAGUCGAGGAAAACGAAGAGCCGAUGAUCGAAGAAGUGAAGAACAACAGACCUGAAAAGCAAACAUUGGAUGAAAACGCAACUUUGCAGACGAAACUUACUUCUACGAUCACGAAAGACGAUUGUGCGUCGGAAAUGAUUUCUUUGGAAGAAGCCUUAGAUUUUCUAGAUCGGCAUGAGAAUCUCGAUCCGAAAACUGAGAAUGUACGUGCAAAGAACAACAUUGUCAACGGCACUAUGGAUGAAGCUUCUAACGACAGAAUUGUUAAUGAGGAAAAGGAGAAUAAAUGUUCGAGCCCUACAGAGAUGCGAGAUGAGAAGGAGGAACCAGAUGACGAUGUUCCGGCUUUGCCCGAGAAACUGUCCAGCAACGAGAAACCACAGAAAGAAUCCGAUCACAAUCUCCCUCUUCAUGUAUUUCUCAGCAGAAAGGUACAAGAAUCAAAGAAGAGGAAGCAACAGCAGUUAGAUAAAUUACGAGAAGAGCAAGAGAGACUACUCAUGGAUUUUCAGCCGACCAGAAGACAGAGAAAGUGUGCGAUAGGUAAACAAGGUUUGCUAGCGGAAAUAAGCAGCUCGGAUGAGGAAUCAUAUGUGAGAGAUAACAGUAGGAAAGGUAGCGAUCAUGACAAAUCGCGGAAGAAGAGGGAAUUGAAGGAGAAAAGAAAAGAGAGGUACCUCGAGAAGAAGCAUGAGCAGAUGAUUGCUAAAGAGCAGAAAGCGAUCGAGGAAGAAAUUCUGCGAGAGAUUGGUAAGAAAAAAGAGAACCUCGCACAAAACGAUAAUGCUGAAUUGUAUACCGAUGUUGUGGAAACAGUCGUCUUCGGACAAAUCCAGAGAAAGAAACAUCAGACGAAGGAGAAGCAUAAGAAAAGUGGUGACGAGAGUAUUGAGGAGAAUGCAAUGUAUAUUGAUCAGUCUUUCCUUGAUAGCUCAGAAGACAAUCAUAACAAAUCAGAUCGUGCUUUCUCCACUACGGAAAGUAACACAGAGAAUGACCACUCAUCAACUUCACCAAAGCGAAAGAAACUCGCGAAAUCGCCAGCGAAGUCGAAGAAAGUUUCCAAACCAGAGAAUGGAAAGAUCCCGACGAGUAAGAGAAGCAAAGAGCCAACCGCGGAGAAAUCCAAGAAGUCCGCAAGCAACAAGGAUUCUAAGGAGCGCAGAUCGUCCAGCGGAAAACGCGACUCCGACGAUGAGGAGCUAAAGACCACCAAGUCAUGGAACAAGGUUGAGGAAGGCGUCGGCGUUGCAAUCGGUCGACAUAAACGCACUGCUGCUCUUCAAUUAUACUAUUGGUCCAGUUCGAGCGACGAGGAGGAGGCGCCAGAACCGAUCCCGGCGCCCGAAGAAGAGGAGGACGAUCGGCAGGAGCAGCACGGAUGGAUAGUAGGCGAUUCCCACAAGAAGAUGAUCACGAUGCUGGCGAUGGAGAAACAGCUGAAGGAAAAACGACGUAGGAGCGAGGAUGAUUUCGAGCCUGGUAAGGCGAAGAGCAAGAAACAUCGGAAUAGCACCUCUUGAUACGUGUUUCAUGAUUAAAAUUCGAUCGAACCUGCGCGAUAGACGCAAUGACACUACGUUAUUCUGACAACAUAAACUGUGAAAGCAAGAAAGUAAAGGCCAAAAGGAUCUCCAUGUUUGUCUUUAAUAAGAAUUUAUUACGUUCUAUAUCUUCCACGGUAAUUACUUGUGGCGGAUCUGUUUAGGUAGAUAAAAAUACAAUGGACAAGUGCGAUCUACGAUCAGAAAAGUAUUUGUUCGAUCUUUUUUCUUCUUUUCUUUGUUAGCGAAUGUUGAACGAGUGGACGUGAUUCAAGCGUAAAGAAGGAAGAAAGAAGAUAUAAAAUGUACAUAGUUGCUUGGCGUGUAGAGAUUAGAGAUUAGACGAGUAUCCUCCCUCGUUGCAAUCUAAGAAUUAUACACAUGUAUAAAUAUAAAUUGAGCUCUUAUAAAUACCGGAUGAUAUAUAGACUGAAUAUGAGAAGUAGCAAAAAGUGAAGAGAGCACUCUUAGACAAUACUAGGACGUUUGUAACGUUUAGUUGUACGUAGGGGAGUCUCCCACAUGUGAAACAGAUGAAGUGAAGAAAUGGGGGGAAUCAGUCACAGUCGCUUAUUUAGGAAAGGACAACGUAAAACCGGGUCCAAUCGAGUUUAGCGCUUGUAUCAGCUUCUUUCGUGAUUCGUAAAACGUAUUUCUUCGUAUUCUUGCAUAUUCUUACAUGUUCGUACGUAUUCUUACAUAUCGCAGUGAAAUAAAAAAGAAAAACUUCUCACGGGGAUAACGUUCGAGAAUGAAAAUACCGCGUUUAAGGGAGCUUAAGUCUCUCGCUAAA